AUGCUGCUCACUCCUCAUUCCAGGUAUGAGAAGUACCUUGUAGAAGAACCUCAAUUCCGUCCAAAGUCUGGAGAUCCUUUUGUGGAUGAGUACCUUGUACUGGUAGACCGCAUCCAGGAUCUCACCCUGAAAGCCGAGGAGGUCGCUCAGGAGAAGAAUCGAGCGCUGAAGGCUGCUCUCAAUGCCGAGCUCCGCAAGGACAAAGGGAACCUCUUGGACUCUGCCAUACCCAAGCUUGCCACCAUUGCCAAGGACAUGCGUAAGGGGUCAACACAGGAGGCGGCCCAGCUACGGGAGCAGCAGGUCCAGGAGCUGGCUCAGACCGUAGACGACAUCCCAGACGGCAUGGGAACGAUGCGCUCACCUGGAAGGCCCCUACUCGGAGGUGGCAGCGUGUAUGCACCUGGGAGCAGCAUCACCAUCAACCCUCUCAAGUUGGACGGGCGUUUCCAGAGUGCGGAGCACUACCAGCACACAGACCAGAGCAAGGCUUUCAUCUCUGAGGCUGAGCAGGCGGAACGGCGGCAGAACCAGGCUCUUGAACGGAUCGAGAAUGGGCUGGGCACGCUCAAGGAAUUGGGCACCGCGAUGGGCGAGGAGAUCCAGAGGCAUGAUGUGAUCAUCGACGAGGUCAAUGCCAAGAUGGACACGAUCACAAGCGACCUGAAAACAAACAACAUGCGCCUCAAGGGCCUAAUUACCAAGGUCCGCUCCUCCAGAAACUUUUGCAUCGACGUCAUCCUCAUCUGCGUCCUGCUGGCACUUGGGCUGUACAUCUACAUCAUGCUGAAGUAA